CAAUUUUUGAAAAUGUCUCUUUGAAAGUUCACAUUGUCAAAAUUUUCUUCGCUUUACCUGUACAAUUUUAGAAACCUUCUUUUUGACAAAAUUUACUUUGACGCUAUGGACAAUUCAAAUUCUCAAGAAGAAAUAAUCUUAGAGAUAGUAGACCUUCUAGAAGACGAAAUUAAAAGUGAUAACCUUUCGGAUGAACGAAAGUCAUCACUCAAUCCUUUGGAAAUAAACUGUGACACAAAAAAUUUUCAAAAAAUGGGCCUAUUUGAAUAUGCUCGUCUGCAAGAAGAAGGGAUAGACAUCGGCCAGCUUCGUGCAGCAAGAUUAUAUAAAAAUAAGGGAGAUGCAGCCAUUCAAAACUCACAAUUCUCAGAGGCGGAACAGUACUAUGCACAGCAAGGCCAUAGAAUUACAUCCAUUAAAGCCAAUAUAUUUGUGUAAAAGGGCUUUAGCCUGCUGCUAUUUAAACUACAACGAAGAAGCCAUCCAAGACUGCAUAAAAGCCCUGACCAUUGAUCCCAAAUUUAGUAAGGCUUAUGGAGUAUUGGGAAUGGCUCAUUUUAAUUUGAAAAAUUGGCGUGACGCGGUUAAGGCAUUUGAUAAAGCUGUUCACUUGGACCAGGAGAACAUUGAUUUCCAAACCAGACUCAAUUUGGCGAGGGAGCAGUUAUUUGAGACGUUGGCAAAUUCACCGUCUUCACGGCACCGACCAAGAGAUAUGUUUAAUUUCGGUAAUAUGGAGGAAUACGUAGCUGCAGUUGAAAGGGUUAUAGUGGAUCCUGCAGGAGAAAAUCUAGAGCCGCUUUUGCCAAAAUGGCUACAAGAACAUGAACCCAGAUAUGGUGACAAAUUCAGGAUACAUCAAAAUCCCAAUAUACCAGCUCCUGAAGCUGAUCCUAACAGACGAGAACGUGGAGAUGGUGGUUCUAGGGAGAUUCAAUAAUAAAUUCUUACAAGUUCAUUAUUUCAAAAUUGCUUUUUAACAUAAAAACAUUCGCGUAUUGUAUUUUGUUAAAUAUCAAAAUUGUUAAAAUUUUACACAAAAAUAAUGAAUAAA